GGAAUAUGCCCCUCGUUAUCAGACUCGGUGUAUCCGCGUCAGCUAUCAAUUGUCCGUCAUAAGGCUCGGCGCUACUUAACAAAACAACAUCUCAGGUUCCGAGAUGCGACCUUGAAGAUCUGAUGUCUGCCUGACGCAGCUUCAGCUGCCGGUCAGCUUUCUAUGGUGUUGUGGCCUGAGACAAAUUCACGUCUCAGGUUUGGGGACACAUGCACGUCAGACCAUAGGUCAAGCAACAUCGGCCACUAAUACUUUAGAAGAUAAGGUAUCCUUCCACCUUGCUCUUGCUCUUCCAUAGAGGGGAUUGUGGAGACGCCCACCCCAUUACCCUCCUGCCGCGGUUAAAUCACUAUCGCGAUGGCUCAUGAGAAUCCAACGUCUCCGAAUGCGAUCCCGCCGCGUAAAUCCUCGCAUGGAAUGGUAGCUGCGACCGCACCAGCGCAUCCGAUCAGCAUGGCAGAGAAACCAAUCUUGCGACCGCUCCCCGAAGAGAAUUGGAUAUCGUCGAGAAGGAGGCAGACUACAACGUUGCUGCCUCCGCCAGAGGAUCUCAAAGAUCUAGGCAACGACCUAAUACAUCAAACCAAACAACCAUGGAAUGUAGAGAAAGAGAAGAUUCUGUUGGCACCUUACGACUAUCUGUAUGGUCAUCCCGGGAAAGACAUUCGGUCGCAGCUGAUUGCAGCCUUCAACAAAUGGCUCAAGGUGCCGCCGGAUAGCUUGUCGAUCAUAACAAAAGUUGUGGGCAUGCUACAUACAGCAUCGCUGUUGGUGGAUGACGUGGAAGACUUCUCUUCGCUUCGUCGUGGAGUGCCGGUAGCACAUAAUAUUUUCGGAACAGCACAAACAAUCAAUAGCGCAAAUUACAUAUAUUUUGUAGCGCUACAAGAGCUGUCGAAAUUAAACUCGCCCGAUUCCCUCCUGAUCUAUACAGAAGAGCUGCUCAAUCUUCACCGAGGGCAGGGCAUGGACCUCUAUUGGCGUGACACAUUGACCUGUCCCACCGAAGCGGACUAUCUCGAGAUGGUGCACAACAAGACUGGUGGUCUCUUUCGGUUGGCUAUCAAGCUGAUGCAAGCCGAGAGCAGUGUCAAGAUCGAAUGCCUGCCGCUAGUAAACACGAUCGGGCUGCUUUUCCAGAUCCUCGAUGACCACCUGAAUCUGUCCACGUACACGUCGGCGAAGGGCUUCUGCGAGGAUCUGACGGAAGGAAAAUUCUCUUUCCCAGUCAUUCAUGCCAUGCGCGCCGAUCCGUCGAGUCUUGUGCUGAUUAGUAUUCUGAAGCAGAAGCCAACGGAUGAAGACGUGAAGAAGUACGCAGUCGCGUACAUGGACAGUAUGGGAAGCUUCGAGUACAGCAAGAAAUGUAUCAUGGAACUAAACAACAAAGCUCAUACAUUUGUGGAGCAGCUUGAGUCACAGCUAGGCUCGGAAGGAAAGGAGGGAGCGGAAGGUAUCAGGCAUAUCUGUGAUAAGAUGGUAGAGAAGCUGCAGGAGCCUGUUGUGAAGGUGUAAAGCGUUGUAAUAUGUAUGUACCAAAACACGUGGGUCGAUGUAUUGGUUACUUAAUGCUUGGCAGAUCCCAAAUGUCACGGUAUACGCGAAAUGCACA